GAAAUAUUUAUUUUCGCAGGAGAAGGAUCUCAAAUCACAAAUCCCGAGUUGUAGAGUAUUUUAGUUUCUCAAUAAACUUACAAAAUUCGAAUUUUUUUGUAUUUUUUAAUAAAGUAAAAGAAAAUUCCAACCUACCACUUCGUCCACAUUUCUUAAAAUUGGAAUCUUUGGAAAGGUGUAGUCGUCUGGUUCGAGGGACGUGCUGGUUGCGGGUGUCGUCGAUUUCAAAAAGUCAAGGUCUUCUUCAAGAGAUUUAUUUGAAAGUCUCAAGGAUGACCAAGUGGUGUUGCAUCCCUAUUUGUGGGAGUUCGGAGCGAGAUAAUGGAAUAAGCUUCUUUUCUUUUCCCAAGGAUCCUGCCAGCUCCGACGCCUGGUGCAAAGUCCUUGGAAUUACUUUGAACCCUUCAGAGAUAAUCAGACCUCAUGUGUGUCAUCUACACUUUGCACCGAGUUCAUAUACCACCAAAAUUUCUAAAUUACUCAUCCCUGGAUGCCUACCCGUUACGGUUUCUCCAAAUCAAGAACCCCUUGGCCCAAUUUCCACUAGCAAUAAAACUGAGCAGAUCAAGACAGAAAGUGAUUUGCAUGUUACGGCUGAAGAUUCUCUAAUGUCCAUCAUCAGUAAGCAGAGAAGUGAAAUUCAAGAACUAAAGAAAACGAAUAAGUCAUUGCAAGAGAAACUUCGUUAUUCGAAAUCAAAGAGACAAAAACUCGACUACGCAACUAUUUUAGAUUCGUUUCCUGGCAACGAAUCAUUUGCGGAGUUUGUUAAUAUCCAGUUCGAACGGUAUAACGAAAAAAUUCAUAGUCGUUGGAGCGAUAAGGAAAAAACUUUGGCGUUAUCCCUGUACUCCAGGUUGAGCCAGAAGGGAUAUAGCUGUUUAUUGGAAAUGGGUUUUAAACUUCCCCCCUUGGGAACCAUAUUCAGUUGGCUUGGAAAAAUUACCGGGUCACCAACCCCACGACGGGUAGGACGUCCCUCUGUGUCUAAAUCCUGUAAGAAAAAGAAGGUGACAAAAAAGCCAAGAUGAAGCCUAAGGCCAAACCGGCAGCAAAGGCUAAGGAAGAACCUGCGCCUGCUUCAGAAGAUAUAGAAGAUAACGAAGAUGACGAAUCCAUGGAAGAUGAGGAAGAGGACGAGAAAAAACAUGAAAGCGACGACUGGCAAAAAGAAUGGUUCUUCGACAAGGAAACAAGUGGAAAAGGUGGACACUACUAUUGAAGAAGAUGGAUUGCCUAUUUGUAUAAGCAUUUAUGCGUAUUAAUAGUAAGACUGAAAACAAAAUGCAGAACUGCAACAGGAAUGGUUAUAUAAAUUUAACUCUAAUUAAGCAGCAUUUUUUAACAAAUAUCGAAUUAUGGUUUCUCGGAAACAAAAGCAAAGACUUUUCAUGAAAAACUAUAAAAUACAAGUCCUAUUUUUUACUCCAAGUUAAAUUUAGUUAGUUACGUUAAUAAUAUUUAUUUUUAUACAAAAAACCAUGUGUUUUGACAUGACAAUAAAACAUUUUGAAUUAA